AUGAUAAAGGGCGUGGGAGGAGGGUAUACGCUUGAAAUUGGCGAUUGCCAGUCCGAGGAGACAGGGAGCAGGGACGGGUACUCAGCCCGCGAGGCCUACUUCCAAUCCAAAGCAGCACAACUCUUUUUUCAAUCUGGUAAUGCAGCCACACCGCGUUCCGUUUUCCGUGGCAUCCAUGCCCAUCACGCAUGCACCGUCACCCCGCGAUGCAUCAGUCAGCUUGCUGCUAGUCCCUCAGAUGAGGGGGGCUGGGCGUCACGGGACCUACAGCAGCAGCAGCAAGAGCGCAUGCAGCAGAGUGAAGAGAACCAGCGGCUAGCUGAGCAGCAACUCGCCGAAUGGGUAAACAGCGAGAAUCCAACGCUGGACAGCUUGGGGACCAUUGUCGCAAGAUCGCAGCAUCAGCAGCUUCAGCAGAGUCUGCGGCAGCACCUGUUCGAUCUGAGGAGCAUCGAUCCCAAGAGUUGCCCUCCUUCAGAUUGUCGAGCUGUCCUGCUUGACAGCCUUAGCGCCAGUCUCCUUCAGAUGCCUCGAGUUCCUCCUGUGUUGCCGAGACAGCAGCCAGAGCACGCAGUGGGUGCUGCAGCAGCAGGAGAGAAUGAAAUCCCCACAGAGGGCUACGUCGAUGGGGUUUACAUGUCAGAAGCGCAGCUGGACGCGGCACUAGAGCAAAAGUCGCAAGAAUUGCAGCGGCAGCAGCAGCAAAUACACAAGCCUCUCAUGCAGCAACUGCAUCAAAGUGCCCUCGCGCAAAUGGAACGAUGCAAGCAAGUUACUGUUGAGGAUAUCGAGAGCCUGUCUCCUACAGACUUACGAGAAUGUCUGAUUUAUAGGGGGCUCCGCUGCGAGGGCGACCUGGAGGUUCAACGAACCCGUCUUCGGAGAGCCCUGAUAGACGGUGUCAAGCCUCAAACGCCUGACCCGGAAGCCGCCGCACGGUUCAUUGCUGCAGUCGAGGAGAUACAAAAACCGCUCAUGAACCCCGGAGAUACAGCUUCAGUCAUGCGACGGUGGAUGGCACGAGCUGAAGUCGCAGCAGCUGUUGCCGACCCUGUAAGCUUGAACCAGCUCACCAAGAACUGCAUAGUUCUUUGGGGCGGCGUGUUCAACUUGGACGCGAAUUCAUCCUUGCGCCAUUUGAACAAGGAAGACAUCACCGAGUUGGAGCGCGAAACAAGUCGGCCAAUACAGCAGGUCACUUCUGACACCCAUGCACCACGGGAACCUCCAGUGGACGCGACAACAGGGCAUGUAACAGAAGAAAUUACUGCAGAGUCAUGGAAAGCUAAAGAUAGCGUAAAAGCAGCAGCAACUGUUGCAGCAGGGGCACUAGGGCAAGCUCCUGAAGAAGGUGGAAUAACAUCCACGCCGACAGAGGCAGCAAACGAAUCAGGUACUACAGACGAAGACUCAUUUUCUGUGUUCUUCCGAAAGAACUUGGAGGGCGUUGUCUGGACAGCUGAGGAAUUGCAGCAAUUACAGCAAAUGCACCGUGAGGGGCAGGAAGAGGCUAUGCUUCAGCAACGAACGCAGAAGGAACUCGAACUGGUCUACCCUAGCAAAGAGGACUUGUUAGGAGAAUCUAUUCCAAAGGUUUUGGAUCUGCGGGUUGAUGGCGAGACUCCCCUGGAAGAGCCGAUUACCAGAGAAGAUCUCUUCGCGGAUUUGACUGAUGACGAAAAGAAGGAGAAAUUCCUUAGAGCGCAGAAAAACGGUGUUCUUUCAGAGUCUCUCGAGUCUCUAGCUGCUCGGUUCGGCUUUCCCUUGGAUUUUCUGGGAGACGCUCUUUGCAGGUACCCCGAUGAGACAGUUGGUGAUUUGGGACACCAGUACAGCGUUCCAUUCAAACAGAUGGAAGCUAUUUGCAAUGAGCUGGGAUUUCAGCUGCCGUUUGGCCCUGACACACGCCUAAACAAGGAAUGCUACGCCUCGCUUACGCAACGGCUUGGCAAGAUGCAGAUGCAGGCGGCAACAAGCCACAAGCCUUCGGGCUAA